UCACUUUGUCCUUCACCUCCCAUUCAAUACGCUUUGUCCAGCUACCCGUACGAGUACCAAGUUGUGGACAUAUUCCGUCUCGAUUCUCAAACACGGCACUCGGCAGGGCAGCCGGCCCCCGACAUCUCUCCGGCCGGGUCAAGGUCAACCCACCCUUCGCCUCCACGACUCCACCCGCUUCUCCACUCCUCGUCUCCGCUCCGCGCCGCGCCCCCGCCCACCGCUCGUGUUGCUCAGAUCCGGCACAGCCCCCAACCCCCCCCCCCCCUCUCCGACCUCUGCACUAAGGUGCGCGCGUAGACCAUGCUGCGGUAGGAGAUCAACCUGCAAGAUCCGGGACCGGGAUGGUUCGCUUGUUAGCUUUCUUAUGAAGGUUAGUAAGGGGAGGAUGAAGAUGAGGAACAAACAGCGAAAAUCAUCUGCUCUCAAUUUUGUUGCAGGAUAUCAAUCCUCGUUAUCUUUUAUUCUAUGGAGCUUGGUGGGUUUUGGUCUCAUUGUCUGCUUCCUUUCCUAUAAACAUCAAGCAGACAGUGGGCAGACCCGUAUUUACUUCAGCCAUCUACCUGCGACCAGAGAAUUGGAGGAAGUCGAGGAGGAGCAUUUUCGCUUGCCACCUCCUCACAAGGUGAAUCCUCGUGCAGUGAAACGGAGGGGGCCACGUAAGCAGCCAAAGGUUAUGGAUGAAUAUCUGGAUGAGUCUUCAGCAAUACACGGCUUGUUCUUUCCUGAUCAAGGAGCGUCUAUGGACCCAUCAAAAGGCGGAAAUGAUAGCAUGUACUUUUAUCCCGGUAGAGUGUGGCUGGACACUAAUGGAAAUGCCAUUCAAGCCCAUGGUGGCGGGAUUAUGUAUGAUCACAAGACUGCUAAAUUCUAUUGGUAUGGAGAAAACAAAGAUGGACCAACCUACCAAGCUCACUCCAAAGGGGCACAUAGGGUUGACAUCAUUGGAGUAAGCUGCUACUCAUCGAAGGACCUAUGGUCAUGGACUCAUGAAGGAAUUGUGCUUCCUGGAGAGCCUACUAAUGUCACCCAUGACCUUCAUAAAUCGAAGGUGCUUGAGAGACCUAAGGUGAUGUAUAAUGAUCGCACUGGGAAAUAUGUUAUGUGGAUGCACAUCGAUGAUGCUAACUACACCAAAGCAUCUGUUGGUGUGGCUGUCAGCAACUCCCCCACUGGACCUUUUACUUACCUUUACAGCUUCCGCCCGCAUGGUUUUGAAAGUAGAGACAUGACAAUCUUCAAAGAUGAUGAUGGAAUGGCUUACCUCUUCUACUCUUCUCGUGAUAAUACUGAGCUUCAUGUUAGUCCAUUGAGAAAUGACUAUCUUCACAUUACAGCAGCGAUGAAGAGAAUAUUAAUAAGGCGACAUCGGGAAGCGCCAGCGGUCUUCAAGCUCCAAGGAACCUACUACAUGGUCACCUCUGGUUGCUCGGGUUGGGCUCCCAACAGAGCAUUGGCACAUGCUACAGACUCGAUCAUGGGCCUAUGGAAAACAUUGGGAAACCCUUGUGUUGGAGGCAACAAGUUUUUCCGACUGACAACGUUCUUAUCUCAAAGCACAUUCGUGCUACCCCUGCCUGGCUUGCCUGGUACAUUUAUCUUCAUGGCGGAUAGGUGGAAUCCAUCAAACUUGAGAGACUCCCGGUAUGUUUGGCUACCUCUGUUCAUUGGAGGAUUGGCAGAUGAACCGCUGGACAACAGUUUUGGCUUCCCAUUGUGGUCAAGGGUGUCAAUCUAUUGGCACAGGAAAUGGCGCCUCCCCGAAGGUUGGAGGGAGGGAUAUACCUGAAAUUUGUCGCAGGUGCAAUGAGUACAUAAUAUAGAUAUACUUCACAGGUGCAAUAGUGUGGUUUUAACUGGUAGAUUGUUCAGAAUCUUGCUUGAGUUUUCUAAAUCAGCGAUUCCCUCAUGCUUUUGUACACAGUAGGCCUCCAAAACAUGGUUAACUUACACUGGAAUGAAAGAGAGAAAGAAGUGAUAUUUUUCAGUGAAGGGUGUCAGUCUUCUUUUUUGGAGGGGGCACUUUUAGGUGGUGCGUGGGGGCUACCUCCUUGCCUUCCUCAUUGUAUAAGGAUCAGGAAUUAUCCCAUGCACGCAUGUAAAAUUUGUGGUUACGCACCAUGCAUCAACUAAUAUGACUAGGAAUGGAGCUCACAGGUAACA